AUGUCUAUCCCGCUGCGAAACAUCUUGCAACAGGAGGCGCUUUCAGUGGUCUUGGACAGACCUUGGAUCAGUGCUGGAAUCUUAAUCCCUGUGCUUAUCCUGCUCAUUGACUAUCUCAACUAUUACAGGCUCAGAAGGCGCCUGGGUGACAUUCCGGUCGUAGGAGAUGCGUCUUACCUUUGGAGGCGGCUUCGCUGGACUGAGACUGAUGCAAGUUUCCAUAAAGUUUUCCAAAAAGGAUACGAUACUUUCUCUAAGAAAGCCAAGCCGUUUGCUUUUUGGGGACAGAACGAAGACUUUGUUAUUAUCCUGCCUCCUGGAAGCUGCGAGGAUGUCAAAAACGUUGGCCCAGAGAAGCUAAGCUUUCUCCAGGCUGUCGAGGACAGCUACCAUUUCAACUUACAUACCAACAUCCUCGGUCGCAGCCAUGUCGAUGCUGUCCGCCAGUCUGUCAACAAAAACAUGAGUAUGAGUCCCGGGCUCGCAGCAAAUGAACCUUUCGCCGCAUUCCUCACCAUCUGGCAUCUCGUUAACAUCGUCUCCGCAAAUUAUCUCGUUGGUCCAGAAUUCAGUGACAAUGCCGAGUAUUUGCAGGCUAUCGAAUACUACUGCAUCACUGUCCCCGCCUUCAUCUAUGGAUACUUCUGGGUUCCAGCCCCCCUUCGACGAUUGUACUGGUACCUGUCCCCUCUAGGCUUCAAGAUCCGUGCAUGCAAGGCCAAACUGAAGGCCUUCGUCGCCCCUAAAAUUCGACAGGUGAUCAAGACUUGGCAGGAGGAGGGCCAGGUGAGCGGUUCUUACACGCUAAUGGGCGCAAUGUUGGAACUCAAGGCCCAGAGGGGCCAGAUCAAGCAAGACCCCAAGGCCAUGACCAAGGCCGAGCUCGAGCGCCAAAUUGACAUUUUCUCCGAUGAGAUGAUCUUCACGGGGUUUGAUAGCGCCGGCCCUGUGGCCUGUAUGGUCACGCAGCUCGUUUUCGAGGCGAUGCGUGACAAGGAUUUGACCAGAGCUCUUCGCGAUGAGAUCGAGGCUGCACUGGCAGCGAAUAAUGGUGAAUGGAACACCCAGGUUUUAACAUCUGUCCCCAAACUCGACAGCUUCACCAGGGAGUCGCUGCGAGUUAAUGGGCCAACGCUAUUGUCGGUCUCCCGGACAGUCAUGGAGCCCAUGGAAUUGAAAUCCGGCCUCCGACUCAAGCGCGGCAACAUCAUCUCCAAUGCAUCUUGGCUCAUUCACAACGACGAGGAUCACUACAAGAAGGCUCAUGAAUUCGAUCCCUACCGCUUCUAUGACGAGAAAACCAACAAGGUGACCACAAAAGUGACCACUGCCAGCAGCAGCUUUCUCGGGUACGGAUAUGGAGCCCAGAUGUGUCCAGGUCGUCACCUGGGGAUCAGGAUGUCGCAGAUCCUAUUCGCCAAACUACUCAUGCAGUACGAUGGAGAUUUUGAAGAUGUGAAGGCUGGCAAGCCGCCAAACAUUGUCACGUCUGGCCAAGUCCUCCCUCCGUAUCAUACCAAGGUUAUUAUGAAACAGAGGAAGGCUUGA